GCAUUCUGCGCAUGCGUCUUUGUCAGCUUUUCUCGCUAGCGGCGCUGAUCUACUCACAACAGCACGUUUGAGAAGCAAAAUAUUUGACAUAUUGUUAUAAUUCCCUAACGUUUCUGAACAUUAUACGACAGCCGUCGGCGUCGUUUAAAGAAAAUGCCGAAAAACAAAGGUAAAGGAGGAAAGAAUCGGCGACGUGGUAAGAAUGAGAAUGAAUCUGAGAAAAGGGAGCUGGUGUUUAAAGAGGAUGGACAAGAAUAUGCUCAGGUCAUCAAGAUGUUGGGAAAUGGGAGGUUGGAGGCCAUGUGUUUUGAUGGAGUCAAGCGGCUUUGUCACAUCCGAGGAAAGCUCCGGAAAAAGGUGUGGAUUAACACAUCAGACAUUAUUCUCAUUGGAUUAAGGGACUACCAGGAUAACAAAGCAGAUGUCAUUUUGAAGUAUAAUGCUGAUGAGGCUCGGAGUCUGAAAGCCUAUGGAGAGCUUCCAGAACACGCCAAAAUCAACGAGACUGAUACCUUCGGGCCUGGUGAUGACGACGAGAUUCAGUUCGAUGAUAUUGGUGAUGAUGAUGAGGACAUUGAUGAUAUCUAAGAGGAAUACACUGGGAAGUGAAUGUUGAACUUGAAGUGACAAUAUCCUCACAUCCCCCCUAAAGUCACCCCUCCAUCAUUAUGUACACAGAGGCUCAAGUUUUUGGUUUCUCUGACUAAACACAUGAAUGCAUUGUUACCUUCAAUCAAUUUUGUUAUCUUUUAAUGUAUUUAUAUUGAUUUCACAUCAAGUGGAAUUUAGUUACAGUACAGAAUCUAUGGAUUCGCAAUAAAAAGAUAACCAAUUUUAUGUUUGGUCUUGCAGUCUGUAUCCUAAUAGACAUGUUCAAAAGCUCUGUAAAAGUGAGUGAAACUCUUAUGGUAAAAGCUGAUACCUCUAAAA